GAAAACUCGCGAGAACCCAUAGGGAGUAACGGUACUUCAUCAUGGCAGGCAAGUUGGUGUUAGAGGGGAAAAUAAGUAUUAUAAGCUUUCUUUUAGGACUGGGUGUUGUUAUAAUUCCCCUUAUUAGAACAUUCGCUGGACAUCUUGACUGGGUAUUCGACUAUCUCACUGGAGUGAGGGGGAAAAUAGCUAUUGCUGUGUAUAUCGCUGUUAUCAAUGGCUUCUUGCUUAUCAUAUACAAGGGACCUCUAUAUAAGGUUGCUGUGCGAGCCUGCUUCCUUGGCUUUACUUUUGGGUGUGGCUUGAUCAUAAGCUUUUCCCAAACCACAUGGACACACUUUGGCUGGUACAUGUGCUCCUUGUCUUUCUUCCACUACUCCGAGUACCUGGUGACAGCCAUCAUUAACCCCCGCAGCCUGUCUCUGGACUCAUUCCUUCUCAACCACAGUGUGGAGUACACUGUGGCUGCUGUGUCCUCAUGGGUGGAGUUCACCAUAGAGAAGCUCACUGUCCCAGAGCUGAAGCAGCUGAGCUGGCUCAGCCUGGUGGGCCUGGUGAUGGUGCUGUGUGGGGACUUCCUGCGUAAGUCUGCCAUGCUGACAGCCGGCUCCAACUUCAACCACAUUGUCCAGAACGAGAAGGCCCAGAGCCACGUGCUGGUCACGGAUGGGGUCUAUGCCUUCUUCAGACACCCCUCCUACGUGGGAUGGUUCUACUGGAGCAUUGGCACACAGGUGAUGCUGUGCAACCCUGUCUGCAUCGCGGGCUAUACCAUGGCAAGCUGGCGCUUCUUCCGUGAACGGAUUGAGGAGGAGGAGCUUUCUCUCAUCCAUUUCUUUGCAGAGGACUACCUGGAGUACAAAAAGAAGGUGGGCACUGGCCUGCCGUUUAUUUCGGGCAUCCGCAUCAACAGCUCCUAGGUGUGAGAGAUGGAGUCCUGGAUGUAUGAAAAUGGCAGGCAGACAGACAGGCACUGUGAGGGGCAGCCCUGGUCAGCGUACUGUGGAUUAGCUCCUGUGGUUGCCCCCAGGGGUGCUUAGAGCUCACAGAGACUGACACCUAUGAGUGUUGUGAAGGGCUCCCAUCCCCAUACCACCCCCAAGGCCUGGGUAGACUCUCAAAAAGAAACCACACCCCCCCAUAUAUUCAACCACCUCUGUUUUCUCUUUUGUUUGGUUAAAUUAACUACUAGAGACUUGAGUUUGUAUUUUUCUUUAAUCUCCAAUGUUCUGAUGAAGGCUCCUUUUUCUGUUUUUUCCUUAGAGAGGAGUUGAGUAUCUUAAGGCCAGGCACCACACCCUAAUAGGGUAUUCCCCCCCCCCCCCCCCCCACUUAAUCAUAUUACAAUCAACUUUUACCAGUUGAGUGUGGACACUAUAAUAUUUUGGUCCUUUUUUCUGAAAAAUUGUAUACAAAUAUGCAAAUGAGGUAAUACCAUUAAAUAUUUGCAUAUAAAACAAACCCAUUUUUCUGGACACUGGAUGAAGUAAAAAUCAACCUAAAUAUUUUGGUUUUAUUUUGUUAAGACAUUCUAGGACUGAAUUUACAUACACAUCUGAUUGUGUCAUAAACAUAUCAACAAUUCCCAAUGUAUAAGUCUGGAGAAUACAUCUAAAGAUAACCACAGAAAAUAAGUUGGCGUUUGGGAAGAGUGUGAUUUUUUUCAGGAAAUGGCAGUAAGACAAGGACUGAAUUAAGACUACCUUACACCCAAUCACCAUAUCUUCAAAGUAUCAUUCUCUAAGAAAUGGACUUUUAAGCGAUGUGUGAUUUCAAUGUAGUGAGCAUUCAAAUUAUGAAUGUAUGUCCAUUUAAAAGUGGUUACAGUUCAUGACACUUUGAUGUUAGUAUGAUAAACUAACACAAAUAUUUUUAUAAACCUUUUGGAUAUUUUUUACUUUUUAAAAAUACUAAUAUUAAUUGACAAAUACCCCCCUCCCCCAAAACUCUAAAUUGCUAGAUUUGUGCAACAUUUUAGCCUGUGGUGCCUGGCCUUAAGUGGAUGCUGAAUUGAUUUUAGCUUUGGUUACUGAGUCAGAAGUGCUGUAAUGAGCCUGGUUGAGUUUCUUCUAUUCCUUGUUUGUCUGUCAUAUCACAGAGUCAUCAUUAUUAGGCCUCAGCGUUGACAUCAGAAUGGUUUUACACAAUAUUAGGGAUGCACGCAGGGCUCUAAAGUGUGACCCAAUUUGGUUGCAUAUGCAACAAAAAUAUUUUGCUGUGCGAACUGCAAUUUUAAUUUGGGAGUACCGGUACGGGAAGAAAGUACAUUUUUAUAACAAUUAGUUGUAAUGGUAAGGCUUCACUGUACAGUUGUUUCCUGGGUGCAGAUUCGUUAGUGUCAUGCUUGCACCUUUACUACAGCAAAAAUUGCUUGUUUCUAAUACAAACAGUUUAAAAAAUCUGACCCAUAUCAGAGAUACUUUUGAGAUGGGGAAACCCCAUUGGAAUUGUAUUGUCGCCCAUGCGGCUUCAAUGGGGCCGCACGGUGCAUGCUGGGUCAUUCUGGGACAAGGACAUUUCUAACAUUUCAGGUUGUGCACUUAAUGUUUUAAAGUUUGGAGCACCAGUUUUACCCAUUAUUUUUUUUUUUAUGUAGAGCCCUGGAUACUAAAUUUAUCAGCCCUCAUACAUACAUUACAUGAACAAAAGUAUGUGGACACCUGCUUGUUGAACAUCUCAUUCAAAAUCAUGAGCAUUAAUAUGGACUUGGUCUCCCCUUUGCUGCUAUAACAGCCUCCACUCUUCUGGAAAAGCUUUCCACUAGAUGUUGGAACAUUGCUGUGGGGACUUGCUUCCAUUCAGCCACAAAAGCAUUAGUGAGGUCGGGCUAUUAAGCCUGUAUUGCAGUCGGCGUUCCAAUUCAUCCCAAACGUGUUCGAUGGGGUUGAGGUCAGGGCUCUGCAGGCCAGUCAAGUUCUUGCAUACUGAUCCCCACAAACCACUUCUAUAUGGACCUCGCUUUGUGCAUUGGGGCAUAGUCAUUCUGAAACAGGAAAGGGCCUUCCCCAAACUGUUGCCACAAAGUACAGAAUUGUCUAGAAUGUCAUUGUACUGUUUGAUGUAGCGUUAAGAUCUCCCUUCAGGGGAAAGGGGCCUUGCCCGAACCAUUAUUCCUCCUCCGCCAAACUUUACAGUUGGCACUAUGCAUUGGGGCAGGUAGCGUUCUCCUGGCAUCCGCCAAACCCAGAUUUGGAUUUCGGACUGCCAGAUGGUGAAGCAUGAUUCAUCACUCCAGAUAAUGCAUUUCCACUGCUCCAGAGUCCAAUGGCAGUGAGCUUUACACCACUCCAGCUGACACUUGGCAUUGCGCAUGGUGGUCUUAGGCUUGUCUGCGGCUACUCAGCCAUUGAAACCCAUUUCAUGAUUCUCCCGACGAACAGUUAUUGUGCUGACGUUGCUUCCGGAGGCAGUUUGGAACUCGGUAGUGAGUGUUGCAACCCGAGAAACAGGCCAUUUAAAAAAUAUAUUAAAAAAUGUAUGUGCAAUGCGAUUCAGUACUCAGCGGUCCCUUUCUGUGAGCUUGUGUGGCCUACCACUUCGCGGUUGAGCCAUUGUUGCUCCUAGACAUUUCCACUAUACAAUAACAGCACUUAUUGUUGACUGGGGUGGGGUACCUCUAGCGGGGCAGAAAUUUUAUGAACUGACUUGUUGUAAAGGUGGCAUCCUAUGAUGGUGACACAUUGAAAGUCACUGAGCUCUUCAGUAAGGCCAUUCUACUGCCAAUAUUUGUCUAUGGAGAUUGCAUGGCUGUGUGCUCGAUUUAAAAUAUAUAUAUAUAUUUUUAAACUGUCCGCAACGGGUGUGGCUGAAUCCACUAAUUUGAAGAGGUGUCCACAUACACACACACACACACACACACACACAUGUGUGUUCUGUCCCAGUAAGAAACAUUUAUUUCUGAGUGACUUUGUUAUACAUUUACAAAAAUGCCCGAAAGUUACGGAAAUGGGGUCCCUUGCAACAUGGUCUUUUCCCCUUAAGUUAUUUUGCUCUUUCAUAAAUUAUAAGAAAAAGGCCUUUUAAUGAAUGUCAAAGUUACUAAAAUAAUGUAUGCUAUGAAAAUGUAUUGGUUUUAGGUAUCAGCCCAGACUUUCAAUAUUGAUUUAUCCUUACACAAAAUAAUGAUUUAUUUUAAAUUCACAUCCCAUGUCCACUCAGGAUCAAAAGGCUGCACAAUCACUAAUAUUUUGCUAAUUUGACAACCUGGGAAAGUUGCAGCCUGGUUCUCUGAUUCUUCCAAAUCGGUACAGCGUAUCAAGUCAGAAAUGUCUACUUUGUGAAUUAUGAAAACAUAAUGAACACUGACAAUCCAUUCACUGUUCUAUUCCAGUCUGCUGUAAGUUUUAACAUUGUUCCUUGGUAUAUAAACUAUGAAUCAGGGGUGUUGUUUCUUCCAUAAGGUUUUAACUAUAGGGGCACCCACAUGGUACAGUCAUCUUUAAAAUGCACUCAAGACUGUCUCUCUUUCAACCACCACUUGAUCAUCACUCCACCUGUUAUUCAUUUGUAUUGAAACCAACCAAUAGAUGCAUUCCUAUGGCUAAGGGGUUCAGAGGAAAGGUCGUCUCCUUUGCGAUAAGCUCAACCCAGCAUUGCUUCCUCCUGAACUACCGCUUGUCUCAGGUGAAAGGUUGCCUCUGCCCUCUACUCUGUAUGCCCAGACUGUAUGGAGUGUGUGUGUGUGUGAUUGAAAGAGAAUUCCUGAAAUUAGAACAGUCGAGCACUGUAACUGUAUGUUGCACAAGACAAGAGUGUGUGAGUGUGUGUGUGUGUGUUUAGAGUUUCUGAAAUGAGGACAGUCGAGCACUGUAAAAGUAAUGUGUAUUAGAUGAAUAAAGAUGAGAAGAUUAUCUGUAGAUUCAAUAAUAUAAGAGCACAUUGUUGGCUGCAGACGUACAACUGUUUACUGCUCCAAGCAUGAUCCAGCUGAGCUGAACAUGGAAAAAGUCAGUUGUUGCACUACAGUAUAACAAUACUACAGUUUAUUACAGGUAAUGUAAAUGUAUCAUGCAGAGAGAAUAUUUAUCUCUCUCUUGGCUGAUUACUUUUAUUCACUUGACUGAAAUGUUCUGAAUUGAUUGAACAACUUUGUCCUGUGAAAUUAAAUAAAAUUUAUCCUAAGAAAA